AUGAUGUUAGAAGCUAGAGACAACAUGGAGCAUGAAAUGUGGUGGGAGCCAAGAAGUAGAACUGCUAAUAUCUGGUUUUAUAAUUGGACAAAACUUGGAGCUCUAUACUACUUAGUUCCUGAUGAGUUUGUUGUGGAUGAAACAGUACAAGAUGUGAAGGAACUGAGAAAUCAGGAUGGGUGGAACAUGAGUAAACUACAACAGCUUUUUCCUACUGAUAUUGUUGAUCAUAUACCGGAAGAAUUAGACUUUCAUGAAUCUACAGAAGAAUGGGAUAAACCAAGGUGGAUGAUGACAACAUCUGGUAAAUUUACAGUUAGAAGUGCAUGGGAGCUCUUAAGAAGGAAAUUUGUGAAGUCUGAUAUAUACAAAAGCAUAUGGAUACCUGGUUUGCCUUUCAAAAUCUCAUUCUUUUUCUUGAGAUUGUGGAAAUGCAAACUUCCAGUAGGGGAUAUAAUGAGAAGGAUUGGGAGUGAUAUAGAAGGAAAAUUCUAUUGUUGUGAUCCUAAACAAUGUGAAACUGUAGAUCAUCUAUUUGUCACAAGAAAAGUUUCUUCACAAGUUUGGAGAUAUGUUAAAGCUGCUGCAGGAAUCACAACAACUUUGCUUCAGGUGAAACAUGUAAUACAGGUCUGGUGGAAUGCUAAUUUUUCAUCUAUGUUCAAAUCUAUUAUUAGGGCCAUGCCAGUGAUCACAAUGUGGCAAAUAUGGAAGUGGAGAAACACUAUGGUGCAUGGAGGGAAGAUGACAAUCAAUAAGGUGAUAUAUGAAAUAAAUUUGACCACACAUCAGAUGUGCAGGGUUAGAAAUCCAAGAAUGCAAGUACCAAAGUCUGUUCCACAGAUUAUGCAGAUGAUUGAAACAUACAAACCACAUAUAGUGAGCAAGAUAGUGAGAUGGAAUUUGCCUAUGCCAGGGUGGUUUAAGUGUAACUCAGAAGGUGCUUCUAGAGGAAAUCUAGGGCCAAGCUCAGUGGCAUUUUGUAUUAGGGACUCUGAGGGAGACCUGAUGCAUGCUGCAGCUAGAAUAAUAUCAGAUGGAUCAAACUUAGUUGCUGAAGCAAUGGCUUUACAGGAGGGUAUUAAAUACUGUGUGACAAAUGAUCUAUUGCCUGUGAACAUCAUUUCAAUAGUUACCAAUCACUUCCAAGGAAAGCAAGACUGA